AUGAAGAUCUUCUCCUAUAAUGUUAGAGGUCUUGGGAGUAAGGUUAAGAAGAGAGAAGUUCGGGAAAUCAUUCAGAAUCAGAACAUCGAUUUUUGCAUGAUCCAGGAAACUAAAAUGGAGUCUUUCGGUGAUUAUGACAACAAAAUUAUUUGGGGUUCGGAUAACGUGGGCGGAGUCUCUCGUAAAGCCGAAGGGAGAUCAGGGGGAAUCCUCACUCUUUGGAAUCCUAUCAAUUUUUCUUGCUCAAGUUCUUGGGAUAUUCCUGGUGCACUCUUCGUCAAUGGCCGCUGGAAUCCAGGUAAGAUCGACAUUUGCCUCAUAAAUGUUUAUGCUCCUCAAUCGCUUGCAGAUAGGUGGUUCUGUGGGAUCAAAUUGCAAAUGAAAGAAUUGGGAGAGGAACUCAGUUUUCGACAAGAGAUAUUCAGAGCUUCAACUCUUUCAUCAGAGGAAAGGACCUUAAAGACAUCCGUCUUCAAGGUAGAAAAUACACUUGGUACCAACCUCAAGGGUUGUUGGCAAGAAGUCUCCAAAGAACGAUAUCGGACCACUGUCCGAUCACUCUUGACACAAAAGAGAUUGAUUGGGGGCCAAAAACUUUCAGGUUGGAGCAGCUUCGUUUUCAAGGAAAAAAUGAAAAGGUUGAAGACGGAUCUUAAGUCCUGGAACAGAGUCAGCUUCGGAUCCUUGGAGGAGAACAUCUCAAGACUUAAGUCAGUUCUUCAAGAGUGGGAUAUUGCCGACGAAACCUCGGGACUGAAUGAAGAAGAAAUUCUUCAAAGAAACGAGACAACGACAAAGCUGAACAUUCUUAUGAAAAACAGAGAUGAUCUUUUGGCACAAAAAGCAAAAAUUCGCUGGUUGAAGGACGGAGAUAUCAACAACAGCUUUUACCAUAAAGCAAUAAAUGGGAGAAGAGCAAAGAAUCACAUUGCAGGCCUUCAUGUUAAGGACAGAUGGUUGGAGGAUCCCGGGGAAGUAAAAAAGGAAAUUCGAUCUCACUUUGAAAACCAAUUCAAAAUUAGAUCGGGUUGUAAACCUACUCUCCCUGAUGAUUUUGUACAGAAGGGCAUCACUGAAGAGAUGAGAAGCAAGCUUGACGCUUCUUUCACCGAGGAAGAGGUCAAGAUGGCCGUGUGGAGUUGUGAUGGAGGAAAAAGCCCGGGGCCAGACGGAUUCAACUUUCAUUUCAUAAAGAAGUGCUGGAAUAUCCUAAAAGAAGACAUCAUGAAAGUUAUGGGAGAAUUUCACUCUCAUGGAUCUUUAGCUAGAGGCUGCAAUCCGUCAUUCCUUGUUCUGAUUCCGAAAAAGGACUCGGCCUCUUGUCUGAAGGAUUAUCGCCCCAUCUCUCUCAUCAACUGCAUGUAUAAGGUCUUAGCGAAAGUUCUCGCUGGAAGACUGAAACAGGUAAUGAAUUUCAUUAUCUCCGACAGCCAAAGUGCUUUUAUCGAAGGGAGAUUCAUUCUAGACGGGGUGAUUGUCUUAAAUGAAAUUAUUGACGAGUCAAAGAAGAGAAAGAAAGGGACUUUACUUUUCAAAGUCGACUUCGCCAAGGCUUAUGACACCGUCGAUUGGAGCUUUUUGGAUAUUAUGAUGGGCAAGAUGAGGUUUAGCCAAAGGUGGAGAAACUGGAUUUCUGGUUGCCUUAGAUCUUCCACAGCUAACGUGCUCAUCAACGGUAGCCCGUCGGGCGAAUUUCAGCUGGAGAGAGGUCUGAGACAAGGUGAUCCACUUUCACCGUUUCUUUACUUAAUUGUUGCCGAAGGCCUAAGCCUCUUAACCGAAAGAGCAGUCAAGGAGAAGUUACUGGAACCAGUGGAAAUUGGGGUGGAAAAAAUCAAAGUCUCUCACUUACAAUACGCGGACGACACCAUGUUCGUUGCCUCUGGUAAGGUUUCACAUGCUUGGGCUUUUAAAAGCAUUUUAACUCUUCUUGAGAAGCUUUCGGGCCUUUCUGUUAACUUCGAGAAAAGCAGUUUGUUUGGUAUUGGAAUCCCGAGCCCUAUCUGUUUGCAGUUGGCUUCGGUCAUCGGCUGCAAAUUAGAUUCUCUUCCGACAAAAUAUUUGGGUAUUAGAAUCGGCUCGAGACUUAAUAGAGCGAGUGAAUGGUCUUUUGUUGAGGAGAAGAUCAAACAAAAAAUCAUCAAGUGGAACAACAGGAAGCUGUCGAUGGCUGGGAGAUCAACCCUUAUUCGUUCAAUCCUUACCUCCAUUCCGAUUUACCAUCUAUCCUUCUCCAUUUUCCCAAAAAAAGUCUUGCGUAAUUUGCAGUCCUUGCUGAAGGGGGGUUUGGGUUUCAUCGAUCUUGAGAGAUUCAAUAAGGCACUCAUGUUGAAGUGGUUGUGGAGGUUUCUUAAUGAGAGAGACAGCUUGUGGGUCAGAGUUAUGAGAGCUUCUAAGGGUGAUAUCCUUUGGGACGAGGAGGGUUUUAGGCUUGAAAAGAGUAGAGUGAGGGAAGCGGGAUGGUGGAAGAGGGUUUUGGGCUUGAGUCAGGGUGAGAAAGGGAGUUGGUUUCGAGAUAAUCUAGAUAUUAAAAUUGGGGAGGGUAAUCUGUUUAAGUUUUGGCAUCAUGCGUGGCAAGGGGAAAUUAGAUUGAGGGAUAGGUUCUCUAGACUUUUUCGCAUAAAUAGCAACAAGGGAGGAUACAUUAGAGACAUGGGGGAAUGGGAUCAAGGGAAGAACGACAGGUGGAUUUGGAAACCAUCCCCAAAUGGUUUCUUCUCCGUUAACUCUGCUUACAAAGAGAUCAGUAAGGAGCUCUCAUCAAACACUCAGUCCAGCAUCGGAAAGGAAUUCAGAAGCAUAUGGAAAGCAGCAGCUACACAAAAGGCAAAGUUUACGGCUUGGAGAAUCCUUAAAGAUAGGAUGGCGACGUGCGAAAAUCUGAUAAGAAGACAGAUUUCUAUUUCGAACGUCGAAGCAGAUUGCAUUUUUUGCCGAUCACAACAGGAAGACUCAAACCAUCUAUUUUUUGGAUGUCAAAGAACCUCUGAAAUCUGGUAUGAACUGCUUUCCUGGCUCGGAGUUCAGAUGGCAUUACAACCACGUGCUAAAGAGCACUUCAACACUUUCUCUAAUCUCGGCAACAAGAAAGAUGCUUGCACACUUAGAAGCCUGUGGAUCCGCUCGGUUUGGUGCAUCUGGAACCUGAGAAAUGAGUGCAAAUUCAGCAAAUCUUCUUGGAGCAAGGACAAUCUGAUUAGAGAAAUCAAAUCAAGAACAUGGACGUGGAGCUCGGCUUUCGGCUCGAAACCCGCAGCGAGAGAUUUCAAAGCUUGGAUGAUCUCCUUUCGUUAG